AUGGGAAAUGAUGUACCAAAGAAUUUGCAAACUUUAGUUGGGUUAAAUGCUGGACAAUGGAUAGAGAAUUCACUUCCAAAGCUCGCAAACCUAUUUGAAUUGAGCAUUAAUGAAGUCCCUAAUAAGCAUGUGGAUGCCCUAGCUUCAUCACUCCAGAAUUUGGGUCGUCUUGCCUCCUUUUCUAUAAUUAAUUAUCCUUAUAAUGAAAAUGCAAUUCGUUUGGACAACAUCAUUACAGCCUUUUCCAAUCAACACUGCCUCAAGAAAUUGUAUCUUAAAGGAUGUUUAAAAAGUGAACAUCUUCCGGAUAAUGAUGUAUUUCCUCAACAACUAGUGGAACUAUAUCUGUCAUAUGUUGGAUUGAAGCAAGACCCAAUGGCAACACUAGAGAAGCUGACAUGUCUCAAACAUCUACGACUCGAUCGUGCAUAUAGAGGCAAAAAGAUGAAAUGUUCAGCAACAGGUUUCCCACAACUGUUAUCCUUGAGAAUUUCGUGUCUUGAUAAACUUGAGAAGUGGAAGAUUGAGGAGAACGCAAUGUCAUGCCUCAAGUUUUUGGGGAUCUACGAUUGUUGUGGGUUGAAGAUGAUUCCAGAAGGACUGAAGAAUGUGCCACUUCGUCAAUUGAAAUUAUCAGAUAUGUCUGAAGUAUUGGUGACUAGGAUUAAGGAGAAUACAGGAGAAGACUGGAUAAAGAAAUUGCUGAAGAAAUUGAUGAAGAAAUCGCUAAUUCCUUUAAUUAUUUGGUAUAACUUUUGA